GUAGUCCAAACCAAACCAUCGCAGGUACUCUUCAUGAUUUCAUUCAUAACACGACAAACAUUAAAGCAGAACGGUUCAUUCAAGAUAAUCGUUUCUCGGCGGACGCAGCACCUGCCUUUUCUGGUUUUUAGUAUAUUAGUUGAACUUGACCACGUGAAGGAGAAGAAAUAAGAACUCACUCGUUUUACGUUCGGGUUCCAAAUAUUUUAGUACUAGAACUCCGUGCUCGGUUUUCCCUUAUUGUUCGGGUGAUUUACAGUUCACUGAUUCUUUGAUUUGAUGUAGGUGCAGGUUUCGGAAUUUUAAAUUUUUUAUAACAAACAUACAAAAGUGAAAGAUGAAUCGCGUGUGCAUUUUGGCUGUGUGUAUCGGAUUUCUAAUGCUGCUGCAGGUUUCUACCAUAGAAGCGUCGUGCUAUUUCUCGCAACAAUUCCAAGGAGAGUAUAUGAUGCAAAACUCAGCAAAUGCUGGAGGAGGAAUUCAAUACAGCACACUCACCAUCACUCCCAAUUCCAUAUCACUUUGGGGAAACUGCCAGAAGAGAAUAAAUAACAACGUUAUUUUGAUGUUCAAUUACGGUAACACCAGUUGUUACACGUGUCUACAUCUGAAACUGCGGUCAACCAAUGUACUUCAAGUGUUUGCUUCUAGUCAAGAAAUAAUAUCAAAAUGUUUUACAAAUGAAGGAUCGGCGGAAGCAAACUGUCCUUCACAAGAAUCCCUCCAAACGCGUGGUGAAACAGCGGAAAUAUUAUUGUUCAAAACCAGGGAUGAUCAAGGAGUAUUCACUCAGAAGCAAUAUUGUCCAAUUGAUGGAAAAUAUUACACAAGUUAUAAAGGAAAAAAUCCAUUGAGAUCCCAAGAAUGUGUGGGGUAUAAUUCCACAGUGGAUUCUUGCCCUUCCGGAUCAACCUUAAAUUUUAGACUCAGAAGUUGUACUUUCGACAGCUACGAUUUAAGAUUUGAAUGUCUGGGACAUUGGAAAGGUCCGAGGGAUGAAACUUUCUUAGUUUUUACCGACAGUCGACACUUAGAAGGCCAAAAACCAAAAUUCCGAUGUGCUCUCUAUAAGCAAGAUAGAGAAAGUGGAAAAAUUGAUAUGGCGGUAAGCAGGGACUCUACUUGUACCUCUGACCUGUAUAAUGCAACAAAUGGUUUUGAGACUUUUGUUUUGGCUCCAAAAACGGAGAAUCGCUGGCCACCAGAGGUGAGCAUUGGAAUUUGCAGUUUUCCUAAAUGGAUGGUCGGUACAUGGGAAUAUGUAAGAGUGGAAGGAGACACCAUGGUAUACAAAGAUCAUACCUCAUUUAAAACUUACACAAUUAAAUGUGUUGGAGUGCAAGAAGGUGGAGAAAAGUACCUGAUAUUCAGUAGAACUCAGUGCGACGAAGAAGUUUUUAACUGCAUGAGAAUAGCGAGCAGAAGCAGAAAUAUACUGGAAUUUCAAUUGGGAACUAAUUCCAGCAAUAACAAAGACGUAUACACUUUAUGUUCUGAUGAAAAUUUUGAUGAUAAUUCAUGGGUUACACAAGGCAAACUUGAUAUAUCUUCAACAAAGCAAACUGGCUUAUGUCCAAUAACUGGCGAAUAUACUGGUCAUAUACCAGAUGCUCCUGAACUAUGUGCUAAAUUAUGGUCAGAUUGUCGAGCGCCUGAUCUAAUGUACUAUCAAGUCUCUGAUUGUUCUGGAGAGAUUUAUGAAGAACGAGAGUACCAGUGUUUAGGGCAUUGGCAAGAAUCAAACUUAUUGUAUACGUAUACUGAAAGAAGAGAUGUAGCUGAUGGAACAUAUGAAUGCUUUGUUGGGUCAAUCCUUACAGAUAAGGAAAUUAAUAUCAAAGAAGCUGGUGAACAUUGCCAAAGAAAUAUAGACCCUCUUAAAUAUGGGAUGAAAUUGACGAAAACGAAAUCAAUUUAUUCUUGUGUGGAUCGUACUACGACAAAUAUGCCACAAUUUGGCCCUCCAAUUCCGACCAGAUUUAGUACUAACAGUCCAAGACGUACUACCAGUAAAUCGAUUGAUUCUAAUGAAAUUCCAGAACUUCCAAAGAAAAACAGUAGUGCAAUUCAAACGCUGUCCGUACCUGUUUUAUGUGGAAUGCUGUUGAUACUCGUAAAUCAAAUUUGAAUGUAAUUUUUCAUAUUUACUUACCUUUCCUUAGGAAAUUAUAUAGAUAUUUCCAAAGAAAAUGUAACGAAAUGCGGAAAUUUAAAGCGAAACAAAAAUGUAAAGCAAGGUUGUAUAAUUAUCACAGUUUCUAUUCUAUGUGUGAUAUGUUUGCUCAUUAAUUUUCAUAACACUCAACGUUAAUUCGGUUCUAAGAUAAAAAUAAUAUAAAACCAAACCAAGAGAUCAUAUGAGACUGUAAUGCGGUUGGGUUUAAGACGUAGAAAUAUAGAACUUUAUCAGGUAGAAAAAAGUUUAAUCCAACAUUUCCGUUAAUUUGUAGAUUUUACUUAUCACUAAGUGCAUUUUAAAAUAUUAUAGACUAUGUUCUUGCCAAAAUAAUAAACUUGUAAAUACUAUAUUUAAAU